AUGAAUUUUCUCCACGAUUUGGGCCGCUUUUUCUCUCUCGAAACCUUAGACUCGAGGCUCAAACCUUCUUGUAAUAACUCAAAGAGACAGCAAAUUAUUAAAGAAGCUUCAAAACCUUCCAAAUGGUCGACGUUAGAGUUUAAAAUAUACUAUGGUGUGUUCAUUGUAGCUGUGCCGUUGAUGUUUAAAGCAGGAAUGAGUGCUUCAAAUGAAACCAAUCCGAAUUAUCCGCGCUUUCAGCACCUUCUAAGUCAAGGCUGGUUAUUUGGUAGAAAAGUUGAUAAUUCAGAUCAGCAGUAUCGAUUUUUCAGAGACAAUUUCCCUUUAUUAUGUUUGCUAAUUGUUUUACAUGUAUCCUUGAGAAAGAUCUUGACGCCAAUUUUAUCUAUAAAAAAGAGAAGCUAUUUUGACCUUGGUUUUGGUAUAAUCUUUUUGAUUGGAGCUCAUGGGGUCAAUGUUCUCAAGAUAUGCAUGCAUUUGACUAUUAGCUACUUAAUUGGUAAGUAUGUCAAAAACCGUAGAAUGGCUAUAUGGAUGACGUGGAUUUAUGGGGUGUCGACCUUAUUCUUUAAUGACUGGUACGGCACUUUCAAGUUUGGAAUACCAUUUUUAGACAAGGGUUUCAAAGGUAUUAUUGCAAGAUGGGACGUUUUUUACAAUUUCACAUUGCUCCGCAUGAUAUCGUUCAAUCUUGAUUAUAUUGAGAGCGAAAACAGGCUUUGUAAUCCUGAGGAUAAGAAUGGGACACUUGUUAAUCUCAACGAUCGUGAACGGUUAGUGGCUCCAUUACCUUUGGAAGAUUAUAAUAUAUUCAAUUACUUGGCAUAUAUAACAUACGCCCCGUUGUUUAUCGCCGGUCCUAUAGUUACAUUCAAUGACUACAUAUACCAGUCAAACUAUCAACAAUCAGCUACAGUCAAGGAUUACAAGGCUAUUUUCCUUUACUUUCUCCGAUUUGUAUUUUGUUUAUUAGUCAUGGAGUUUAUCCUACAUUUCAUGUAUGUUGUUGCAGUAUCGAAAACAAAAGCAUGGAGUGGUGACUCGCCUUUUGAGAUCUCGAUGAUUGGUAUGUUCAACUUGAAUAUCAUAUGGCUCAAAUUACUCAUACCGUGGCGACUAUUCAGAUUCUGGAGCUUGGUUGAUGGCAUUGAUCCGCCGGAGAAUAUGAUACGCUGCAUGGAUAACAACUUUUCAGCAUUGGCAUUUUGGAGAGCGUGGCACAGGUCUUUUAAUCGAUGGGUUAUUAGAUAUAUAUACGUGCCCAUGGGCGGAGGUGGAAACUACCGAAUCUUGAAUAGUUUAUUUGUAUUCAGUUUUGUUGCAAUAUGGCAUGACAUUGAAUUGAGAUUAUUGAUGUGGGGUUGGUUAGUAGUGGCUUUCUUGAUUCCCGAGCUUGCUGCAACUGUUUAUUUUAGAAAGUAUAACCAAGAACCGUGGUUUAGAGGAUCAGAGGAUAUGGCGCCACCUGUACCUGUUUAUGAUCUUGAAGAGAUCAAGCGUCAGUACAAGGAACCAUUACAGAAUCCGGAACUGUACAAAUGUCACAUUAUGUCUCUCACUCAACAUGAAUGUACGUUUCGAGCCAGUAGUGGAGGGUAUCGAAGUACGCCAGAAAUAAUAUGUCUACCGUUUAAGAGGAUAUUUCAAAGGUGUUUAACGCCAACAGUGGAGAAACUUGGCAACGGCGAGAAAGUUUAUGGCGAGAAGUGGAUAAACAUCGAGGUAACCAAUGCCAAAACGAAUAGUGAUUUAAUGGAGAAGGAUUCAAAGUAUUCUAAAUACGUUGAGGAAUUUUUAGCUGCCGAAAGGGAGCUUAAAGAGUUGAUAGAGUCGGAGUCGGAGGGACAGAUAUGA